CGGCAGACUUCUCUUAAAAACCACUAGUCGCUGGGAGAGUUCUCAGUCCUCUUCCUGGAUUACCAGUGGGCUGCAGCCCUCUCCAACCUCCCCUUCUCACCCACUCACUCGAUCUCUCUCUCCCACACACACUCGCUCCAGUCUCCUCCUCCUCCUCAUUCGCGUCUCCCUCCUUCAUUCCGCUGCUCUUCCCGGCGUGGUGAUGUGUACUGUGGGUUUCGCUCGCUCCCUGGGCUUCGCCCUGUUGCCUCUGGCGCUGGGCUGCAUCGUGGCUAACGUGUUGCUGUUCUUCCCUGGAGGGGAGGUGUCCUACCUGCAGCAGGAACGUCUGUCCUGGUACACCUGGUACUUCAUGGGCAUCGGAGGAGGCGGCGUGCUGAUGUUCCUGCCUGCAGGAGUCUUCAUCAGCCUGGGGAAGUGCACUGGGUGCUGCUGGAACGAGAGCUUCAUGAUGUGUGGCGCGGUCAUGGCUUCCCUGGUGGGACUGGCAGGUUCUGGGUACUGUUUUGUGAUCUCCGCCAUAGCCAUGCUACAGGGACCCUUCUGUUUCACUGACCUUGGAUGGAUGUACCCCUUCUCUAACGCAGGGGGCAGCUACCUGCUGGAGCCGGACUCGUGGCUCAAGUGCCAGCAGCCUCAGCACAUUGUGGAGUGGAAUGUGACCCUGCUGUCCGUCUUGCUGGGUUUGAGCGCUCUGCAGUUCAUCAUCUGCAUCCUGCAGAUCUUCAACGGGCUGGUCACCGCGGUCUGCAGGCCCUGCUGCUACAAGCAGGAGUACAGCCUCAAUGCCUGAACACACACACACACACACACACUGAAAGAGAAACACACAGCUGCCUGCACAGCUGCAGGCAUAAACACACACACACACACACACACACACACACAUGAAAACACUAACAGGUUAACUACAUACAGGAGAGAGGUACACAAACAUAAACAUUCACAGCAUGCCCGGGACAUGUCUGCUAGCCACUGGGAAACAUUUAAACAAGUCCUAAAUAUUUAGAUCAAUGUACAGUCCCUCAGUAUCACUACCAUGACGUGCAUCCUGGACAUUUUCCUUCAACUCCUUCCAUAGAGGUCCCCUCUGUGCCUUCACCUUCUCUCCUUUCCUUCACCUUCCCUCACAUGCUGACGGAAGGUGAAGGUCAGAGACCUGUGAAGAUGGAAAAAAGAGGGGAAGAGGAGAGUGAGCUCUUGUACACUAUUGAGAUGCACCCUGACAGUGCUGUCUCCUAUCAACAGAUGAAUUACUGCCCCUGUCACUCACCAGUGAUAAAAAUAGUGAUUUUUUUUAAAACCAGCUUCGCGUCAUCCUUGUAUGAGACAGAUGUAUGUUUAAGGUUCCUUACCAAAAGCAGUAUUCAUUUAAUACAACUUCAGCUGUAGGAUCAUUAUUGCUCCUGAUAUGGUGUGUGUAUAGUGGAACUAUAUUCGGAACUGUUUGAUGUCGACAUUUGAGGCACAAAAGUAUUUUUGUAUGAGUGUUGUCUUUUAUAUGGACUAUUUUCAUUUUUCUGUAAAAUGUUUUAUAAAUUAUUUGGUCUUGCAGAUGCUAGAUGAAUUUAAAGGCUAUUUUAUUAGUGUGCGUGUAAUAUUUUUAUAAUGUUUGUGCAGCCGUAAAUGAAUAAAUAUUUUCCAUUUCAAAA